UGGCCUUAAUGUUAGACCAGGGGCGGACUGACCAUUUGGAAACUCGGGCACUGCUCAAGGGCCCUGGGUCAGUAGGGGGCCCCAUGAGAUGCCCCUGGUACCUUUUUCAUAGGAUUUUUUGAGUUUGGGCAAGGACACAGGGGCCCAAUGAUCCCCUAUUGCCCGGGGGCCCCAUGAGUUGUCAGUCCGCCCCUGUGUUAGACUGUGUACCUGACCAAGUCCCCGGCAUUGAUGAGCAGGGCCCCAUGAGUUGUCAGUCCACCCCUGCCCA